AUGAUCGGCGCUGGAGAUGUGGAGAAGCAGCCUCUGCUGGGUUCGCACUCCUUUGCGAAGGUCAAGAGCAGCGACGGACAUUGCAUCGGAUCUAGGAAGAUGUUUUAUUCCAGGAACUUCGGCCUGUUGGCCGUACUGUCUAUGAUCUUGUUUGUCGCCUGGUUACCCAGCGCAUCCACAUCGCCGCUUGAAUUCGCUAUUCGAGAUACCGACCACAACAAUGGACAAGGACGAGCGAUCGGCCCGGGAAAAUUGGGUGCGGUUGCGACGGAGAAUGCUAUUUGUUCGCGGCAUGGUAUUGAGAUGUUCGAGAUGGGCGGUAAUGCUGCCGAUGCAUUGAUCGCCGCACAAUUUUGUAUCGGUGUAACCUCAAUGUACCAUAGUGGAAUCGGCGGAGGUGGCUUCAUGCUUGUCCGAGCACCGAACGGCUCUUUUGAGUUCAUUGACUUCCGUGAGACCGCGCCCGCUGCCGCCUUUCAGGACAUGUAUAAAAAUAACACCGAGGCAUCUAUUUACGGAGGACUGGCAAGUGGUGUACCUGGCGAGAUCCGUGGACUAGAGUAUCUUCACCGGAAAUAUGGCUCUCUCCCCUGGGCGACGUUGAUGCAGCCAGCGAUUCGGACGGCACGAAAUGGGUUUGCCGUGUCUACAGAUCUGGUCAAAUAUAUGGGGCUUGCAGUUGGCGAUGGAGAAGAUUUCUUGUCGAAGGAUCCGAACUGGGCUUUGGAUUUUGCUCCCAACGGAACCCGAUUGGGCUUGGGAGACACCAUUACACGGAGGCGCUAUGCAGAUACACUUGAAACUAUCGCUAAUCGGGGACCGGAUGCAUUCUACACAGGCCCAAUGGCAGAGACAAUGAUCAAUGCUAUUCAAGCAGCAAACGGAACCAUGACUGUCGAGGACUUGAAGAACUACACUGUGGCGAUUCGCAAUACCUCGAUGAUUGACUAUCGCGGAUAUAAGAUCGCAAGUACGACGGCUCCUUCGAGUGGAAUUGUUGCUCUCAGCAUCCUUAAAAUUCUGAGCACCUACAAAGGUCUGUUUGAUUCGGAAAAGUCACUGAAUCUUAGCACGCACCGGAUGGACGAGGCGAUGCGUUUUGGAUAUGGAGAGCGGACUAAACUCGGUGACCCAUCUUUUGUGGAGGGCAUGGACGAAUAUCAGCAGAACAUGUUGAAACAAUCGACUAUCGAUAGUAUUCGAGGGAAGAUUUCCGAUUUUCACACCCAGAAUGUGUCUACAUACGACCCAUCAGGCCUGGAAAGUUUGGAAACUCCAGGAACCUCUCAUCUCGCGACCGCUGACCACACCGGCCUUGCUAUCUCUGUGAUCACCACGAUCAAUUUGUUCUUCGGAAGCCAUGUCCUGGUCCCCGAGACGGGAAUCAUCAUGAAUAACGAAAUGAACGACUUCUCAAUUCCUGGAUCCUCCAACCAAUUUGGCUAUAUUCCUUCCGAAGCAAAUUACAUUCGACCUGGAAAGCGCCCCUUGUCAUCCAUCACCCCGGCGAUUGUCCUGCGCCCCGAUGGCAAGCUUUUCUUGGUUGCUGGCUCUGCUGGAGGCAGUCGUAUUAUCACGGCCACUGUUCAGAAUAUCAUUCAUUCUAUUGACCAAAAGUUGAGUGCAGCUGAGGCUCUUGCAAAGCCGCGUCUGCAUGAUCAGCUGGUUCCCAACCAGGUCACCUUCGAAUAUUCCUACGAUAAUUCGACUGUCGCUUUCAUGGAGAGCCUUGGGCAUAAUGUGACAUGGGUCGCACCAGGUCAGAGCACAGCGCAGCUCAUUCACGUUCAAUUAAAUGGGACCUUCGAUGCUGCUGGUGAGCCACGACAGCUCGCUUCUGCAGGAUACUCGAUUUAG